AUCCACGAGAAAGAGCGAAGGGAAGAAGAAAAGUUUUCCAAAAAGUUUGUUUUCAACAUUCCUCCGCACAAACCAGAACCAGAUCGCUUCUAAGCUUAGUUCGCAUUGUAGUGUAAAUUCCGUCGCGAAUCGGCCGCGAGUGCAGAGUGUCCCUUCGGCUACGUCUUCCGGCAGGAUGUGUCCAACGGUGUAGAAUCUGUGACCGCCCCCUCCCCACAACAGCCGAAGAGUCCGAAACGCGCAGAUUAUUUUUGCGAGGAAAAAAAAGGGCAAAACAGGGCAGAGCCUUUCGGAGGAUUUUUCCGCUGUCCCCGCCGUGUGCCACCACCCCAGCAGCAGUAGCAGCCAGGUGCCAACGUCCUCCUUGGUGUGUUGUGGCCAGCCGACAGGGGGGUCGUCCUCAAAGUUUGUGAGGGAAGAAAGGAAGAAAAAAAGGUCGUCACACCUCGAUUUUGACAAAUUUCGCGCUGGGCAGCAGCAGCUUCCGGGAAAGGAUAUCGCGGGGGAAAAAUCCGGGUUUAGUCGCGACGUGGGUCUUCCGGGUUAGUGCCACAGUGUUAGGAAGUGCAAAUGAAGUGAGCAUUGCUUUCAGACAAAUUCCACAAAGAAGUGAUUAGCAAAUUCAUUAGAGUUUGACCAGAAGCGAAAAAAAGGAAUAUAGUAAAAGCAACUAAGCUAGUUGAAGCGACUUAAGCAGUAGCACCCAUACAAGCACCAGCCAGCAGCAGCGGGCCCGAGAACGAAAAUUCUAAAUUUUACCAAGUGAUCUGAAUGUGUGUUGUGUCUCGUGUUUCAAAGAAUUAUAUUAUUCCCCUUUAAAAGUUAAUCGAUGUGCAGCACAAAGUGAAUAUCCAGCGCCGGAGAAGCAGUCAGUCAUCAUCAUACUAAGUCAGUCAGAGUCCAAAUAGUCAUGCGAGGUCCGAUGUGACUUUCAAUGUAAGGAGAGCAAUCGAGAGUGAGUUUGUGAGAGUUUAGUUUAGAGUUCAGUGAAGACGAAGUGCAACCAACAUAGCAAGCAACGAAGCUAUCGAAUCUCAACGCGGGUCCUGUCUGAGGAAGCAGCAGCAUCAGACAUCAACGGAACGGAAAAGUAGAAGAGCAAGAAGCAAAAGUGCGGGCGGGAACAAAAAUCUCAGCGAAAAAAACGACCUCAAGCAUUCGAGAGUGGUGAGAUUUGCUGAAGACUCACCUUCUCCAGCAUCGCAAUCGUCGUCAUCGCCGCUGUUUAAACUGAGACCGAGAAGCGCAACAAUGCCACGCAACGGUGAAGCUUCCGGCUUGGAUAAGGGUUUCAGCAACAGCAAACCGACACCGGACUGGCUACAUCCGGACCAUGUCAUCAUGAACGAAGGUGUCACGUUCGAUGUGCGGUAUAUUGGCUGUCUGGAAAUAAAGGCGUCCAUGAAAACGCUAGAUUUCGCCACGAGGUCACAAGUUGCAAAGGAAUGCAUCAACCGGGUAUGCGAAGCCGCUAGUCUCAAAUCGUCGAAGAAACGGCGCGUCGACAAACGCGUCCUCCAGUGCAUAUCGGACGCGCCGGACAUGGAACACGCCGGCACCAACGUCACGCUGACCGUCUCGAGCAAGUACCUGUCGCUGGUCAGCGUGGACACGGGGGACGUGAUUGCGCAGCACGACAUGCCCCGGAUAUCGUUCGCCUCCGGUGGGGAUACGGACACGCUGGACUUUGUGGCGUACGUGGCCAAGGACAUGGAGGAGUGGCGGGCGUGUUACGUGCUCGAGUGUGGCGGCGGUGUCGCCCAGGACCUCAUCGCGACCAUCGGGCAGGCCUUCGAGCUGCGGUACAAGGAGUUCUUCAACAAGCCGGAAACACAAAACAAGUUCCGGGAGUUUGUGAAGACGGACAAGGAGUACUACAACGAUCUGCCGGACAAGAUGCCGCCGGAUCUGCUCACCGAGAACGACCACUCCUCGCAGUCGCACAGUUCCUCGAGCGUGCGGACACGCGACAGGAUAUCGAGCAAUUUGAUAGAUCUGAACACACCACUUCCCAACCACGAUUACGUGAACGACAAACAUUCUAAUACCAACUCGCACAGCAAUAAGUCGAUAUCUUCCAGUUCCAUCGUGAAGGAUGUUUUUGAUAUGCAACCAUUUACAAUCUCGUCGGAGAUCCAGAAAUCUCAGCUGCUGACCGAGUCGUGGUACCACGGCAACAUCAGCCGCGCCCAGAGCGAGCACCUGCUCAAAAACGACGGCGACUUUCUGGUGCGCGAGUCGGCCGGCACGCCCGGCCAGUACGUGCUCACCGGCAUGCAGAACAACUCGCCCAAGCACCUGCUGCUGAUCGACCCCGAGGGAAUAGUACGAACCAAAGACCGAAUCUUCGAGAGCAUCAGCCACCUGAUCAACUACCACUGGACGAACUCGCUGCCGAUCAUCUCGGCGGAGAGUGCGCUGCUGCUGCGGCAUCCGAUCCUCCGGACGACGGAUCUGCUGACAAAGGCCAAACAGCAGAAGGCUCAGCAGCUGCAGCAGUCGCAGUCCCAGUCCCAGUCGCAGUCACAUUUGGGGCUCAACUGAGGGUGCGAGUGCCAGUGCUGUUCGCACGGCAGCCAAUCACCCGAGCGAAGUUUGCCCCAGCAGCAACAGCAUCAGAAUCUGCACGCGUGCUGUAGCAGUAGUGGCAGUAGUGGCCAUGGAGGUGGUGGCACCGGGUACCGGCACGGGAAAAAGUAAUGCCACGUGUAUUAUGUAAAAAAAGGUAAACACAAAACAAAGAACUGUAAAAUGGAAACUCUAUAGAUCCUAUAUAUUUUUCUUUCUUUUUACUCGUAUAUAUAUUAUAUUAUACUAAACUAUUCGAUCAAAACAAAUGAACGAAGCAAAGUGCUAAACGAGUCGAGUGUGACAUAGAACAAACAGACAAAAAAAGAAAACGGAAACUGAGCUGUUCACUAGAUUUUCGAUUUUAUUUUUCUUUUUUUCAAAUUUAGAUGGAAUUUUGUGUAUGGUCUUCAUGUUACAAAUGUUGAAAUGUUGGCGCUCCUCUAGCUUUGGAUAAAUGAAUCUAAUUCUAAUGUGUUUGUUUAAUAUGAAAUUAAAAUUACUGUUUUUUUUAAUUACAUUCGUUUGAACUAGAGGUGGGCAAAAAAAGAGCGAGCCGCUCAAAGAGCCGGUUCACUAAAAAGAGCGAACGAACCAUGGCUCACAAAAAAAGAACCGCGGUUCUUUUUUAAACUCCGGUCUUUUGAAAGAACCGUUCCAAGAUGGAAUGAUUUUUAAACUUUCUAUAAAUAUAAUUUAUUGAAUUUCGAACAAAUUGCAUAAUAAAAUUUGUUUUCAGAAUUGAAAAUGCAAUUCUAAAUUGAAAAAUAAUUGCUCAUAAAAAAUAAUCCCAAAGCAUUGCUGCCGAACACCAGUUAAUAGUUUUCAAACUCAUUUUCAGUUUCCUUCUUUUCUUUGAAAUUCAAAAUGUAAAUGCUUUUCUAAACAAAAUGAUAAAACUUUUCGUUAAAUUCGUUAAAUAUUACCAAAAAUUUACUAAAUAGCUGAGAGAUUAUGGAAAAAAAUAAUUCUCUUGCCUGAUUAAACUUCAGCGUUUAUAGACUUCAUCGAUUAAAUCAGAAUUUAGAAAAGAGUUCGCAGAAUAUUUUCUCCAAAUAAAAUGUCAGCAUAAGUUCAAUUUUAGCAAAAAUAAACGCAAAUGAUUUAUAAAAGUCCAAUGUGAAAUAACUUUAAAAAUCACACCAUUCUUAAAAAUAACCUUUUUAUCAAAAUUUUGAAAAAGAGCGAAAGAGCCGUUCAAAAGAGCGGCUCUUUAUAAUGAGCGAACGAAAAUGAGCGGCUCCUAAAAAAGAGCGGUUUUGCCCACCUCUAGUUUGAACUAAUGAAUUCUGGGCUUUUUUGUUAUGCUAAACCUUAUCCCCAAAUUUGUUCCAGCGUUUUUGUGUCAUCAGCGUCAGCUGUGACGGCUUUCCCUUUCCAUGAAAAGGUUUGAGUCGGGGCCUUGAAUACUGGCUUGCUGAGUUUGGAAAAAAUAAUUUUUAUUUUUUUUUCUUUUUGCGAUAUUUGCAGUGAAGUUUUCUUUCAGAACUUCUUCGACAGCAUCAUUGCUGUCUUUUUAUUUUAUGUGCCUCGGGUGUGAGAUUAAACUUUCGGUGAUUCGAUGGAGUCCUUUCGAUCACUAUUUAACAUUUAAUGAAUUAGUUGUUCGGGAUGUUUUUAUUUAAACUUUAAGUCUCGGAAUAAAGGUCCGCUCGCGUUGAAGUAUCAAAACUGAGUGAUUUAUUAAAAUGAAUUAAUGUUGUACAGAGGCCUGCGCUAGUCCCUAAAAGUCCCUACGCAGGCAAGAAUGCUGGCCGGUUGACGAUAUGCUGAUGGUGUCCGUUGAUGUUACACAUGCUGAUGUCGAUGAACAGGAAGUGUCGGGUGACACUGUGCUGACCUAGGCAUCUCGGAGUGUCUCCAGCGUCGUUACUAACUGCUGUUGUUUUCGGUUGAGCUCCUUAAGUUGCCCAAAUAUUGCUGGUCCAGGUUGCUCCAUAACUUUUAUACUAAGUGUCGAGAUUAGGACUCCAUUUCCCACUCCCUUGUACUAAAAUAUCGGUUCUUGUUGCCAGGCGGGAAUACAUGUACGUCUGGAUUAUAAACUAAGAGGAAAGACAUUGUUGUAUUAUCUGAACCAUGAAAUUUUGUUCAUUUAAAUUGAGUUCAAAUUGUCUAACCUAUUGCCAGGAGUCCGCCAUGAUAUCAAGCGCUCUCUCCUUGGCAUCUUCUUUUAGUUUAGCAGAAUAACGUCUAAAAACUGUGGUUUCGAAAUUACCCUGUGCAAUUCUUCGGUGAAAUAAGUCAGCAAUACCGAUGCAGUUCUAAACAUCGUCGACUUUGCCGAAAAAUUGCGAAAUGCACUGUAAUCCUUGAAAUUCUCUAUGCUUUUUUAAACGUUUUAGUGUAGGACUUACUUAUGGGUGUAGAAGAAGUCCGACGCAGCUGUCGUAGGUGUCGUUAGGUGUCUAUUGAAGCAGUUCCAAAAACUAAUAAGUGACUGCAUAUUUCUGAAUCUUAAAUAUGCUUCCAUUUUUCUCAAAAUCGAUAAGAACCUACAUGACCUCCAACUGGCAAAUCAUAAUAGUAUUCUAUAAUUCUUUGUAUUUCAAUUGGGUCACUUAUAAUUCUAUGUUUUUUUUUGUAAAGAAUUAUAGUACAGUUUACAGUAUUUGGAUUUGUGUUAGUUGAACUAACUUGUCUAUUCUUAGUUUUUGGCCUGUGAAUCAAAGUUACGAAUCAGGGGGCAGUGAUACCUUUUAAAAAAGGUUACGACAACCUCAUGCUUCGGAGUCUCAAACAGAACUACUUUAUUUGCCUAAAUAUAAAUGUAAAACACCUGCUGCUGCGGCGUCGUCAACUGGCGUGGUUGCCGACUCAGCAUCAGCAGUUUUGCCUCGUCGUCCGUCGUCGUCGCCUCCGGAUGUCCACUGCAGCGUCAGCGGGAUGAUGUGGACUGCUGCCUCGUUGUUACCGGGUACUCGGUAACUUCAAUGCUCUUGAUAAUCUCAGUUAGACUAUCAAUAAUAUUUGACAGAAGCAUUGGGAAAGCUAACGUUGGAGUAAAUAACUAGGUAUUUCUAGAUUGUGUAGAUACUGGUUCUAGUCAGGAUCUUCGUUCCGAGGGGUCGUUUGGGUGUGAGAUUAUACUUUUCGGAUUUAUAACACUUCACUUUACUCACUCAACCUUUUAUUGACGCACAAAUACAAUUACAAUUUCAAUUACUGUUCAAGGAUCACAAUUCAAGGAUCUACUACCACGAUUUUAAGGAUCAGAAAAUAGCCUAAACUGAAUACCCGAAUAACUCAAUAACUGAAUAACAGAAUAAUGGAGUCCAUUCGAUCACUAUUUAUACUAAGGUCGAGAUUAGCAUUCCAUCCCCACUCCUUUGUACUAAAAUAUCGGUUCUCUCAAUAAUUGGAGGGGAAGUGACCUUGGUCAAAAACCGCGAGCGCGUGGACAUUCCAAAGGUAUCGGAAAUUUCCACUACUAAGUGAUCUUUGGACUUUUCCCACGAUCAAGUUAGUGGAAAUUUCCAUUGUUGUUUUCACCUUUGGACCCGGGGCGCUGUACUUAGAUGUCGCUUGGGACCCUAUGUGUGGAUUUGGUGUAUUAGGAGCCCAUGAGUACCAGCAACUUUUUAGUUUCCCAGAAGAUGAGUAACUUGGAGGUCUCGUUACCUAUUCCCCGGGUAUCAUCCCCAGGCGAGAGGUCUUUUCCUCGCUUGAACCUCUUAACCUUGACCUGCCCCAAACACCGAACGGUGACGUCAUAGUCCGAAGCGCACUUGCUACCGGACUUGCUUAUCCCUGACUUCCCUUCAUAUAUUGAUGCCCUUGUGUGCUGUCGUCAGGCAUGAUUACGUCCCAGCCCAAAUGCAUAUGGAACCAGGGCCGAGGACUUAAUAAGAGGUGUGCUUUAUUAGAGUUGCGCACUUUUCCUGGGAAUUUUAGAAUCGGUAAGGGUGAGGGCGAGGAGAGGUGUCGCCGACGUGUGCGGGUCCGAGUCAACUCCUUGACUCUCUCUCUCUCUCUUUCUCUUUUGUCUGUUCUAAAGAGAGAGUAGUGGAGAGACGGACCUCUGGCUUUAGUGAUGCCUCGCCAGCCUUGUUGCUAGGCGGGGAUACAUGUACGUUUGGAUUAUAAAAUAAUGUCUGGGCGUGGAUGAGGAUGUGAGUUUAAGUAGGAAAUUAGGUUCGCUACAAUUGUAGACGUCUUUGCACAUUGUAAGUUUUUCAAUUUCAGCUUAUCAAUAACAUUUACUGCUUCUAGAUCUUAGGCAUUUAGUUUAUUUGAUUCUGGACUUGGUUCUGGUGGAUUCGGAACACUCGUGACGAUUAUUUGGGUUUUGUCCAAAAUAUCUAAUGUCAACGAAUAUUUAAAUUUAACCUCUUGAUAAGUAAAUUGUAUCAACCGAAUACACUUUGGCGACGUUCUCUUAAAAAUUUCGUUUUUUCUCUUGAAUUCUCUGAAGAGUUCGGGGUCUUGUUCAAAUUGCUAAAUUCUCUGAUAAUGUGUGCCUCAAUUGCUCCUAGCGUUGUCAUCAGUUACGCAUUUUUUUUUCAAAGCAUAUUGUGGUAAGCGAAGCGGACAUGAAUGGCAAGUGGGAGAAUCGCGAGUAAUGCUUGACUAUUACAAGGACUUUCUUUUCAAGAAGAGAGGUUAUCCUUACGGCUGAGUAGAUACUAGCCAGGAACCUUAAAACUUGUUAAGUAAUGUUCAGUCAAGAACUGACUAUAAUCGUUUAUUGAAUGAGCUUUUAUAUGGUUACAUAAUGUUGCAUCGAUGUGCAACUCUUACUAGCUACGCCCGGUCUCACCCGAAAAAAAUCCCUUGCGCCUGCCCUCAACAAUGUCGCGCGAUGACGGGCUCACUCGAAGAGUCCCAUGUGCUGACCUCGGCAUUAUCGUCGGUGCGCAUUGAACAGAGCGAGGUGGGCAGUUGAUAUUUAUCGAGGUCAGGUUUGUUUUGAUUCUAGUUGUGUGCCCGUGGUUCUCACUCGAUAAAUAUCACCACAAUAUUUCUUCAGAAUUUGAGAUUAGUUUGCGACUAACUGUGAUAUUUGAAAGGUUCGGUUACGGCUGCACCGCCCAGCCGAGCGGUUGUGGAAUUGUGAUAUUUCACAAUACUUAGGCACUGGUCACUCAAAAUCUUUUCACUUACUUUAUUGACAAUGAGGUUGUUGCUGCUGAACUCAAACGGCUAAGUCCCGGGUGGACUUCUCAAUCGGCUAAGUCUCGGCUGACUUCUCAAACGGCUAAGUCCCGGGUGGACUUCUCAAUCGGCUAAGUCUCGGCUGACUUCUCAAACGGCUAAGUCCCGGGUGGACUUCUCUAUCGGCUAAGUCUCGGCUGACUUCUCAAACGGCCAAGUCCGGUUGGAGUGGGGACUCUGCUGCUGGUGGCUGCUGAGGACUGCUGAUGGCUGCUGGUGGGUCUGGCUGGUCUGGGCUUCCUUAGAGGAUCUGGACUAGAGCUGCUACUCGAACUAGAACUGGAACUAACUUUCCUCAAGAAUUAUUUCGACUUUUAUAGUCAGUUUUCCAAACUUUGUUCUAACAAAAAUGGUCAGUUUCGAUGAAGAGCAUCGAUGAACCUCAUGAACUUUUUUAUGCUGACCUCUGUGGUUUUGUCUGGCUGUCCGCGUGGUUGCGCGAGUUCAACUCUAAACUGAAAGUCAUGAGUUUAAGCCCUUUUGCAAAAGACUUGAUUUACGACAUUAGAAUGUCGAGAUUGCUUUAAUCUACACAUUUUUACAAUGAGUUUCAUAAUGAGGAAGCCGUGUUUCUACCUGAAUUGACAUGUCCAUGAGUAUAAUUAUGCCACUCCCGCAAUUUUCCCCUGCGCUAUAACAUCGCCCCGUUGAAAUCAAUUCUUUAAUUGCCUAAUAUUUGGCGAUAUUCUAUAAAGGGCUUUUCGGGUGGCGUAUGACUCAUGAUCAGUUGCACGAGCUUAAUUAUUUUGUCGUUCUACCGUGACAUCAUAAGUCGGGGAGCAGAAUUUGAUGCUAGGUUAUGUAUGCUUGCGUCAGCGCAUGGAAAAACUGGAGUGGUUCGGGGCGAGGGUCGUUGCACGGUAUUACCCUGCCUUGCUCCUGUGCUAUUAGUAUUCGAAUAAACGUGGUUUAAAGUGCUAUUGAAUUCAAAAAAAAAAAGAUUCUACUUACCCCAUUAUUCCGUAAAAAUUUCUUCUUUGAAUCAAACGAGCCUAAUUCUGAUAAUAUUGAUCAGUUCGGUACCAACAUGCAAGCACGUGCUGUUUUGCCAGGGCCAAAGAAUGUUUGUGAGCAGAGUUUGUGUUUCGACGCUCGUACCGGUCUGCUUCGAUCCUGAUCUUUUGAGACGUUCAUGAACAGUAACCAACUGAGUUUUUCGCGUCUGAUUCUCCCUUUGAAUCUCAUUUCCGAGAUUUUCUUUAUAUUUUUUUUAAUUUUUUUUUUUGGGUUUUACGCUCAGCCUGAGCGCUUGGACUUCUUUUAUUCGGUCUGAACAACUAGUGUUGUUCUUUUUUAUAUGCAAAUUUUAUGCUUGUGUCAUUGAUUUGGUCAAAGAUUGUCAUAUCUUCUGUAAUUUGUGUUGAAAUUCUGCCUACUUCGUGUAGGUAUUCCAGAAGUUCUCUGAAAGAUUUUUCACUCAUUUUGCUUUUUGCAAGCUUUUUAAGAUCGGCACUGCGAAUAUCGAUGGAAAAUGUUGUUUCAAAACCGAUUUGAAAUGCAUAGUCGUUUUCUCCUUCGACGUAUGAUUCAAUGUUUUCCAAUAAAGUAUUUUUUUUUUUAUAAAAUAAGUUAUAGAUAAAGACAAAACAAUUUUUUGUACGUAAUUUGAGAUUUGAACUAAUUGAUAACAUCAAAUGUCUUCUUUGGUUUGAAGAAAUGGUUGAUCCACAAUUUGAUCAAAGUUCCAUCUAAAAAAAUAAAAAAAAGUAAAAACACUAUCGAAAACCUAGCGAACUGCUCCAAGUGAACAACCAGGGACGGGUAGACUUAAAAAGUAUUCAUCACCAAACCUGAUGCACAUGUGCAUGCAUGUUGUAAAACAUACAAACGAAUAACAUUUCGAAUGAAGAAAAAAAAAUACCAAGAGAUUAACAAGAUUAUAUAACAAUUACAAAACAAAAUCAAUAUUCUACCACACAGCGGGGGGGACACGGGAAGGAAAUCGGAAAAUUUAAAAUUAUUAGCGGUUAGUAGAUUUCUUCUAUGAGACAAACAGGAAAUUAAACACAAAACACACUUACAAUUACUAUUACCAGAGGUAAAAGAAUUAAAAAGAAAAUCAGAAAGUACCGAUUAUAUAUUGUUAUCAAUUACAGUGCUGUUGGUUGAAAAAAAAAAACGGAUAAAAAUAAUUAAAAAUUGCAAAAGAAAAGCGUAGAGACAUUUAUUUUUGAUCGUCAUAUUUUACUACUCUUCUUUACUUACUGCAGCAUAAGCGCGACAAACAAAACUGAGAAAAAAACGCAUACAGUAAAUAUUGUGAAUAUAAACCUUUUUCAAAAAGCAUGUUUUAUUCGACACACAAACAACAGAACAUUUGUAGAUUCAAGCUAACAAUAACAAAUACACACACACACACACACACA